AAGUCUCCGUGGUUGCCAUGUAAUAAAAUAUCCCAACUACUGAACUGUUGCUGAAGACGAUAGCGCUAGGUGUGAACCUCAACUCCGAUGCCCACCUAGCAACGGCACAAGCGUAACUAGCAAGCUAACUAGUAUUGUAGACUCGUCUUUUUUUUACUUUGCAAAGUGUUAACCAUUUACGCCGUGCUAAGAAGGAGAGUCCCGGCUGCAAGAUGUCUGUUGCGGGAUUGAAAAAACAAUUUUACAAAGCCAGCCAGAUGGUGAGUGAAAAGGUGGGAGGAGCUGAGGGAACCAAACUGGAUGAAGACUUCAAAGAUUUGGAGAGGAAGGUGGAUGUGACGAGCAAAGCCGUCGUGGACAUCAUCACCAAAACCUCAGAGUACCUGCAGCCCAACCCAGCAUCCCGGGCGAAGCUCUCCAUGCUCAACACCAUGUCUAAGAUCCGGGGGCAGGUGAAGAGUCCGGGGUACCCGCAGGUGGAGGGGCUGCUGGGGGAGUGCAUGGCCAAGUACGGCCGAGAGCUGGGAGAGGACACCAACUUCGGUGGUGCUCUCGUAGACGCAGGCGAAUCGAUGAAGAGGAUGGCGGAGGUGAAGGACUCGCUGGACAUCGAUGUCAAACAGAACUUCAUCGACCCCCUGCAGGGUCUGUGUGACAAGGACCUGAGGGAGAUCCAGCACCACUUGAAGAAGCUGGAGGGCCGGAGGCUGGACUACGACUACAAGAAGAAGCGCCAGGGGAAGAUUCCGGACGAGGAGGUUCGGCAGUCGCUGGAGAAGUUCCACGAGUCCAAGGAGGUGGCCGAGGCCAACAUGUACAACCUGCUGGAGACUGACAUCGAGCAGGUGAGUCAGCUGUCCUCGCUGGUGGAGUCACAACUGCAGUAUCACAGACAGGCUGUGCAGAUCCUGGAAGAGCUUUCAGACAAGCUGAAGGAGAGGAUGACUGAGGCACAGUCGCGCCCACGCCGGGAGUACACCCCCAAACCCAAGCCUGUGUUUGAGUACUCUGAGCCCGAGCAGUCCAACGGAGGCUACACACCUGCAGCACAGCUCACCCGCUCAGAGUCAUCCUUCCACCGCAGGACAUCCUCUCGGAAAGGCAAAUUCUCCUCGGUGUCGGACCAGCCGUGCUGCAAGGCGCUAUACGACUUCGACCCGGAGAACGAGGGCGAGCUGGGCUUCCGCGAGGGCGACAUCAUCACGCUGACCAAUCAGAUCGACGAGAACUGGUACGAGGGCACGCUGCGCGGCCAAUCGGGCUUCUUCCCGCUCAACUACGUGGAAGUGAUGGUCCCCCUGUCGCACUAAAGAGGAGGGAGGAGAGGAGAGGAGAGGAGAGGGGGAGAGGGGGAUGGUUGGAGGAAGGAGGGAGGAGGGAGGAGAGGAGGGGGGGGGGAGCGGAGCGAAGGGAAGGAGCCGGUCUCAGAUCCCCGGCGUCUUCAUUCUCGACUUCUUCCUCCUCUCCGCGGUUGCCGUUGUCAUGGUCACACUUAUCUGUACCUGUACACCUGGGCACUUUUGUCGGCUGGACCUUUUGAAGACGGGAAGCGAGAGUUGCAUUGUCCCAUUCCAGAGCCAUAAAGGGAAGAAAUGAGAAACACUACAGGUGUGUACACACACACACAUGCACACUCACACACACACACACACACACACGCACUCUUUACUAACACUUUAACAGGCCUGAUUCUUUGUGAUCACAGUGGUGAUGCGUUCUGGUUUGUCAUAAUCAAUGAUUUUGUCGCCCCCUGCUGGCCAGGCUGUGACACUGACCGCCCUCAGUGCGCGGAAGAAAAAAAUGCUUGAAAAUAUGUAUAUAUAUAUAUGUGUGUGUGUGUGUGCGCCCCUCUGGAGAACAGACGCACGCUAUAACCGGCCCAGAGCAUAUAUGUGUGUGUGUGUGCGCUCCUCUGGAGAACAGACGCACGCUAUAACCGGCCCAGUUCAGGCUCUGUUCCCUCGCGGUCUGCUGCUGUGUCUGAAACCCGAGCUGCCCAUGUCCUGCGUGUGAAGGCUGAGGCCAGCUCUGCUGCACCUGGGGCGCUCUCUGUGAAACGCGCUCUCUGUGAAACGCGCUCUCUGUGAAACGCGCUUCGUGAGGGAGGUGCAGCCGGUUGGUUCGGCCUCCGCCCAGGGUGGUGCUGGGGCCUGUGCUCCUCUGGGCGUGAGCGCUCUCUCCCUCUCUUUCGCUCUCCCUCUCUUCCUCUCUCUCUCUCUCUCUCUCCUGGUUCCUCGGGUCUUGGUCAGCAGCAGUACUUGUUUCAUGUGGGGGAAAAAAUGCAGUGCCUGGACUGCAUUCUAAGGCUCUGGUGGCUUUCAGUGCGAGUGUGUGCGUGCGUGCGUGCGUGCGUGCGUGCGUGCGUGCGUGCGUGCGUGCGUGCGUGCGGCCGCUUGUGUGUUUGUUCACGUGUCAGGCCGUGUGUACACACCCGUGCACACACUCCCCCGUGUCUGAGCGCCUUCCCUUCCCACGCAGAAAUUUGAAGUGGAGGAUGGGGAAAAAAGAAAUUAAAUUAAAUGUAGACUAGCGCAGUGUCUCAUAUUUAAGUUGAAUGCAUUUUACUGAUCAUUCUGGCUGUCUGCACUAGAGGCUGUGUGGAUGACACUGCUGGCGGUGUCCGUGUCCGUGUCCGUGUGUGUGUGUGUGUGUGUGUGUGUGUGUGUGUGUGUGUGUGUGGGGGUGUUUCUUGGUUAUGUGGGUGCGUACGUGCGUCGGUCAGCAGGUGUGGGUGUGUGUGUUUGUGCACGUGUUCGCGUGUGCCUUUUGAUGGAUCGUGUGUGAAAAGGCGGAUGGAGGAAAAGGAGUGACGUGAUAGGUGUGCAGUGUGGACGUGGAGGUGUAGUCUCGGUCCCCUCUGUACCGCUUCCGUUCAGGGGUCCCCUGGACCCCUCAGUCACUCUGCUGAAUCCCCCCUACCGAGCCAAUCUGUACCAGACUGACCCGAACCGGACCGAACCGGACCAAACGGGCACUGCCAAGGGAGCCCUGAUUUAAAAGUGAGCAGUCACUGGUUGGUUGGUUGGUUGGUUGAUUCACUCAUGAGCAGAUAUAGAACGGACUUUGUUGUUUGAACCUAGCGGGCCAACUGCAGCGUGCUUAGCUGGAGUUUAAAGCUCAGGUUUAAACCCCCCAGGGCCGCAGAACUACGUUACAACCGGAGCGGCUGGUGGCACCUGUGAAAUGUGGAUUAGCUGCUCCACUUGUAAUGCAGUUCUGUGGUCUUGGGGUUUAAAACCGAGGCUUAAACUCCCAGUAAGCAUGCUGUAAUUGACCCAGUGAGCAGAGCUGAAUUUUAAUUGAAAGGGUGUGGCAGAGGGGUGUGUUAUUUUGGGCGGAGUUUAGGGGCUGCUUAAAGAGAGGUUGUAGCAGCUGGUUGGACCAGGUGAGCCAGAGUUGUCAUUUUGUGUUGGUCGUGUGACGUGUCUCAGCCUAUCUGCAGACGGAUGUAUGGUUGCUGUUGGUCAUGUGACGUGUCUCAGCCUAUCUGCAGACGGAUGUAUGGUUGCUGUUGGUCAUGUGACGUGUCUCAGCCUAUCUGCAGACGGAUGUAUGGUUGCUGUUGGUCAUGUGACGCGUCUCAGCCAAUCUGCAGACGGCUGUAUGGUUGCUAUGGUUGCUGUUGGUCAUGUGACGUGUCUCAGCCUAUCUGCAGACGGAUGUAUGGUUGCUGUUGGUCAUGUGACGUGUCUCAGCUUAUCUGCAGACGGAUGUAUGGUUGCUGUUGGUCAUGUGACGCGUCUCAGCCAAUCUGCAGAUGGCUGUAUGGUUGCUAUGGUUGCUGUUGGUCAUGUGACAUUUCUCAGCCUAUCUCUGCAGACGGCUGUAUGUUGCGUCCCCCCCCCCCCCCCCCAGUCUGCAGGCAGACUGACUCUGAGCUUCCUCGCAGGCGGGCACACACGCACGCACACAUGCAGACACAUUAUCAUGUGCACGAGCAUGCCUGUUUAUACACACACACACACACACACACGUGCCGCACGCUCACACACAAAUAGGCUGACUCAGCAUACAUGCACAUACACACACACACACGCACACAUGCAUGUAGACCUUGCAUGCACACAGUCUCCCUUCCCCACACACACACACACACACACACACACAGAUGCACUGGGCUGAGUUCUGAUCACUGUUAUCCUACACAUCUUUUUCCUCGUUCCCUACAUCACUCUUUCCCUCCUGCCUACACCACUCAGCUCAGCGCCAAAAGAACUUUAACAAUUCCUCUUUUUUUAUGUUAACCUUUAGUGUUUUUGUACAAAAUGUAAUGUUUACAUGCUUUAUGCCUUUCUUUUUUUUAUCAACCCUCCGAGAAGUAGUUUUAUUACUAUUAAGUGAUGGACUGGAUGUGAUCGGGGGGGGGGGGGGGGGUGUUGAACUGCCCUCUCCCCCCCUCCCCACCCCCCGCCCCCUGCAUGAACUCUGAAAGUGUUGGAAUGCCACCUCAAAACCCAGGAGGGGAAGGACUAAUCAUAUAAACCCAGAAUGCCUCCUAAUCAAGUUAAUUACUAUGGUUACAAGAAACCGUAGGUCGCCACAUUUAAUCUUCACCCAUGGCAACCUGUGUACAAACUUUUAAUGUGUUUACACAAGCCAUUGAUACACUACAUAUUCAGAAGGGCUAAUCUUGGUCUCCUCCCAAAAAAAAAAGUUCCUGACUCUUUUGAUACUACAAUAAAGCAUUAUUCUCUUAUACUUAAUAGUAUUAUUUUUAAUAUUAAAUUGCAUAUUGGGAAAAAAAAAUCUUUUUCUAUAAAUUAAUCGUACCCUGCAUGUAACGUUACACUCCAACUCAUAAUCACUUUACAGCAAGUUGGAUGCGUGCUUUAUUAUUGUAAUAGUUGACGUUUUAUUUUUUGUCUUGUUUUUGCUUACGCUAUGAAUUAAUACAAGAUUGCCGCAAUAUUCUGUAACGUAUGAUCACCUUUUAUUAAUGUAUGUUUAGUUUGUCUCGCUCCAUUGUUUUUCAUCUUUAAAUAAAUAAUGAACAACGUUG